AUGGGGCUAUCCGCCGGCACCCACCACCGUCGGCGAAGCUCCAUGCUUGCCGGGACAGGGCGAGCCUCACAACCGGUUUUUGCAGAGCGCAGAGAUGAAUCUCAUAGAUUGCAUGACGGAGGAAUCCAUCGGGAGGAACAAGAGACUUUGAUCGCUGAAGGGGACAAUGCAUCCGAUAUCUCGUCCGCCGCAGAGAGUCUGGAGCUGGAUCCAAUGAGUUCGGAUGACGACCAAUAUGACGAAGAAACCGGACUCACGACACAUCAAAAACGUCAGCGACGUCGAAGGCGAAAGCAGCGCCGCAAGCUGGAUGCUCGAAUUGCAGAUGUCAAGGGCCAUGGUAGCAUUCGCGAGAUCUUAUCAGACCGCAACAUUGUCAAGAGGCUACUGAUCAACGGCGGACUGAUUUUGAUGUGGUAUUUCUUCUCACUGUCAAUCUCAAUAUACAACAAAUGGAUGUUCUCCGAGAACGAUAUCGUCUUCCCUUUCCCUCUUUUCACAACGAGCUUGCAUAUGGCCGUCCAAUUCUCUUUCGCUUCUUUGAUCCUCUGGAUCUUCCCAUCGCUUCGCCCGCAACAGCCGACGGUGUCUGCGUCGACAUCCCCCAUCGACGGUCCCGACAGGCCACCACCCCUCGUUUCCAAACUGUUUUACUUCACUCGCCUCGUUCCGUGCGGCACAGCGACCUCGCUUGACGUUGGCCUUGGAAACAUGUCCUUGAAGUUCAUCUCUCUUACGUUUUUGACCAUGUGCAAAUCAUCCGCCCUUGCCUUCGUCCUCUUAUUCGCCUUCUUAUUCCGCCUCGAAACACCCUCCCUUAAACUUAUCAUCAUCAUCGCCACAAUGACAAUUGGAGUCGUGAUGAUGGUUGCUGGCGAGACAGCCUUCAAUGCGCUUGGCUUCGCACUCGUCAUUGCGUCUGCAUUCUUUUCGGGCUUCCGUUGGGGUUUGACGCAGAUUCUUUUGCUUCGACACCCGGCUACUUCAAAUCCUUUUUCAACACUCUUUCUCCUUACGCCUGUCAUGUUCAUUUCUCUUAUCGUCAUCGCGCUAUCCAUCGAGGGUCCUUAUGAAAUCUACAACGGGUACCUCGCGCUCGCAGCCAAGCAUGGAGAAUUAUUCGGCGCUUUUCUUUUAAUUUUCCCUGGAGUGCUUGCAUUCUGCAUGAUAUCAGCUGAAUUUGCGCUUUUGAAGCGUUCCUCUGUUGUCACAUUGAGUAUCUGUGGUAUCUUCAAAGAGGUAGUCACAAUCAGCGCAGCCGGCAUUAUCUUCCACGAUAAGCUCACGGCAGUCAAUUUGACUGGGUUGGCCGUUACAAUCUGCAGCAUUGGAGCGUAUAACUACAUGAAAAUCUCCGGCAUGCGCAGCGAAUCACCAGACGAGUCCUGGAGUCGCGAGUCGAGUCCUACCUCCGAAACCGACGAUACGGAGCAUAGCAGUGGCGAGCCAGGGGACUACCGCCGAGUUGCCCCUCAAGACUCCAGCAUUGUUAGCCCCGCACCAGGUGGUCACCUUGUCGAUGAUCACCCGUCGGCCGGUGAGCAACCGCGCUCCUUCCGGGUACGCGCUAGUGGCUCGAGGCGCGGACUUUCGAUUUCCACCACCACCAUUCCAGAAGAUGAUGGACCCAAUUCCCCCAUCAAAUCAGCACCUCCCACUAUCACUACAAUGGCCGAGGCCGGGUUUCUCCUUGGGCCUGAUCUUGAAGCGGCACCGGGCGUGCAGUCAAGCUCCGCUUCGCCCAUUCGGAACCAAAAAAUUGUCUAA